AUGAAGGGCACCGUUGCCUCUAUGGCCACGGCCAUUACUCUCGGCGCUUCCACCGUUCUCGGUGCCGACCUCAAGACCCGCGACAGCGACAUCACCCCCAUCACUGUCAAGGGUAACGCCUUCUUCAAGGGCGAUGAACGCUUCUAUAUUCGCGGUGUCGACUACCAGCCUGGCGGUUCCUCUGAUCUCGCUGAUCCCAUCGCCGAUGUUGAGGGUUGCAAGCGCGACAUCAAGAACUUCAAGGAGCUCGGCCUGAACACCAUCCGUGUCUACUCCGUUGACAACUCCGCCGACCACGACGAGUGCAUGGAAGCCCUGGCGGAGGCCGGUAUCUACCUCGUUCUCGACGUCAACACCCCCAAGUACUCUCUCAACCGCAAGGAGCCCGAGAGAUCAUACAACGAUGUCUACCUGCAGUACAUCUUCGCGACCAUGGAGAAGUUCGCCAAGUACGACAACACCCUGGCCUUCUUCUCUGGUAACGAGGUCAUUAACGACGGUCCUUCCUCCAAUGCCGCCCCUUACGUCAAGGCCGUCACCCGUGAUAUGCGCACUUACCUCCGCGCCCGCAAGCUCCGUAAGGUUCCCGUUGGUUACUCCGCCGCCGAUGUCGACACCAACCGUCUCGAGAUGGCCGAGUACAUGAACUGCGGUACCGACGAUGAGCGCAGCGACUUCUUCGCUUUCAACGACUACUCCUGGUGUGACCCCUCUUCCUUCACCACCUCAGGCUGGGACCAGAAGGUGAAGAACUUCACUGGAUAUGGACUUCCCCUCUUCCUCUCCGAGUACGGCUGCAACACCAACGACCGUGAGUUCAACGAAGUCAGCGCUCUUUACUCCACCCGGAUGACCGGUGUUUACUCCGGCGGUUUGGUCUACGAGUACACCGAGGGUGGCAACAAGUACGGCCUGGUCAAGAUCAAGGACGACGAGGUCACCACUCUCAAGGACUACAAAGCUCUCAAGGCCGCCUUCGCGAAGACCGACAACCCCAAGGGCGACGGCAAUUACAACACCACCGGCGGUGCCUCCGGCUGCCCUGCGAUGCAGAAGCCCAACUGGGAUGUCCCCACCGAUGCUCUCCCCGCCAUGCCCGCCCCCGCCAAGAAGUACCUGACCGAGGGUGCUGGCAAGGGUGUGGGUUUCAAGGGCAAGGGCAGCCAGGACGCCGGCACCAAGUCCACCAGCACUGCCACCCAGGGCUCCGGUGAUGUCGCCGCUGCCACCAGCACCAGCACCGAUAGUGCCAGCACCUCCGAGGGUGCUGCCGCCAACCUCAAGCCCAUGCAGUUCAGCUUCGCCCCUGCUACCGUCGGCCUGGUGACCAUUGUGUCCACCAUUUUCGGCGCUAGCUUCCUUCUCCUGUAA